UCAUACGUCACUUCCUGUCCGAGAUGAAAACAGGCAUUUCGCCAGGUGCUCAAAGAAGUAGGUAACGAUAUGUUCCGUCUUCCGCAUGUUAAAAACAUCUAGAAUAAUGGCACAACAGAAGCUAAAAGAAAAAGCAGCAAGAAUGCAAUGACUGUGGAUCUGUAUGGACAUUGAGAUCUUGUGCUUGUGAGGUCUUGCACUGAAGUUGUCUUCUGUGGUGGAUGUCGCCAUACUCCACCAACUUGAAUUGUCGUUGGCUGUAAGUGAGACAGGGGGGCCUUACCACCAACUGACUUCAUUAGGGAUAAGAGCCAGCCAUGGAUAGCCUAUAUGGCAGCAGUGUGGACUCGCAUGCAACCAACAGGGAUGUGGGGUCUCUCUCUGGGCGAGUUGAGCCCUACGAUGCCAGUGAAAAGAAGGGUAUCUCUGAUGUCAGAAGGACUUUCUGCCUGUUUGUCACCUUUGACCUCCUAUUCAUCACCUUGCUGUGGAUCAUAGAGCUCAAUGUAAAUGGAGGCAUUGAAAAACAGUUGGAUAAGGAGGUUUUACACUAUGACUACCAUGCCUCCUUCUUUGACAUAUUUCUCCUGGCUGUAUUCAGGUUUGCAGCUCUUAUCCUGGCCUAUGCUGUUUGUAAACUGCGUCACUGGUGGGCUAUAGCGAUUACAACAGCAACCACCAGUGGUUUCCUGAUAGCAAAAGUCAUUUUAUCAAAGCUCCUUUCCCAGGGGGCGUUUGGGUACCUCCUGCCCAUCAUCUCCUUUGUCCUGGCAUGGCUGGAGACCUGGCUUCUGGACUUCAAGGUCCUGCCUCAGGAGGCUGAGGAUGAAAAUAGAUAUCUCUGUAUAAGGGACGCCCCAGAGAGGGCUCCCCUGAUGCACCCUGGACCAUUAUCAGACGGGCAGUUUUAUUCACCACCUGAGUCUGUAGCAGACUCUGAUGAGGAGCUAGAUGAUAAACACGAUCCUGAUGAUGCAGAGAAGGGCCUCAUUUAGCAGGUAAACAUUUUGUAUGAAUUUUCUUUUUUUUAAAUCCAGUUUUGGAAUUAAUCUUUGAGACGUGCUUCAUUGUUGGCUUGACAAGAGAAAGCGGACCCGGUUCCUCUGCUGCAGUGUUAACGAUGACCCAUCUGUCCAUGAAGGGAAAACUUGCCUUAGAACCAUCACGUUCCAUAUGACUGGAAAUGCAUGUCCCUCAGCUUGUUCACUUAAUGGAUUGUCAUAUCUUUCCACCUCUUGGCUACUGAAUCUUCAAAAGCUGGCCCAUUUCAAAGAAAUACCCUUUUUCACUGCAUUAUUUUUUGGGGGUGUUUUUUUCUUUUACACUUUUGGAGUCUUUAUGGGUGUGACUGAAGGAAAGAUGAAUUCAGAUAAGAAAUAAGGGGAGAUGGGUCAAUCAUAGUAUAUGUCAACAAUGAUUUAGUUCUAAGUGUAUACAUCUGUGGUUUAUACAGCAUCUCUGUCUGGCUUGAUUAUAGGAAUAGAAAUCAAGACUGUAUUAACUGUAUACAAUUUUAGAACAUCUGAUGGGGGAUAUCUAAUAGGAUACAAUUAGCAAGUCUGUUGUGCCUAAAAAUGAAAAUGUACCUAUGCCAUGCAGUGAAUUGAUUUUAUUUGUCUUUGAAUUGGCAAACCAAGUGAUUUCUGGUCAUCCUAUCUGCAACACGGAUUCCUCGUCAUCUUGUGUCGGAGCUACACCUUCUCGUGCACUCUCGUCCUCUACAUGCAAAAUAGCUACCAUUUGUUUGAAUGAAUAGACAGUAUCUUGUCACAGGCAUACGUUUUUUUUAUUGUGAGAAUGCUAUUCAACAUUUGAAAACUGCCAUUUGAAAGCAUGGAGAGGAUUGUUUUGAGCUCUGUGUCUUGAGUUUAAAACAAACUCCAUAGACGGUAUAUCAAGCUAAAUCCUUAAGCUUGUUUAAGGUAGAACAUCAGUCUGAUCAUCACUAAACUUGAAACUGUUGGCAGCACCUUAAUUGCGUAUUCUUUCCAAUAAAACACACCUACAGUUGUCUUUUGAAAUUGGCUAGUAAUUACAAUAUUGGCAUGUAAUUUUCCUAACCUGCAUUUACAAGUAUAAGCUGUGUAUGCUGAUGCAUGUAUUAAAUACUUCAAUAUUUUACGGUUUAAAAGAGCUUAUGUCAAUUGUUUAUCUUACAUAAUUGUACUACUCUAUGGAGUAUCUUACAUAAUUGUACUACUCUAUGGAGUUACAAUCUGUGUUGAGGACAAAGUUACAAAAGUGUAUGUGCCAAUACAUUAUUUUUACUAUUGUUUAUGACUGUAUCUGCAAGAAAAUCUGCAUAAAGAAUAGUUUGCAAAAGAAUUGCAGGAAUUUAAAUCAAUUUUUCUUUUUAGCCAUUUAUAACGUUUGACGUUAGAUGUUUUACAGAUGUAGAGAACAGUGUUUUAAUUGCUUGUGUGCAAGCUGGUGGUCGCUGUUUGUGGUGUAAAAUACAGUAUAUACACAAACAUUUUACAAAAGCCCCCAUUGGAAACCAAUGCUAAAAAAUAGGCAGUGAGGAAAAUGUCCUACAGUCUGCUAUCCGGACGCGAGAGGGCACAUCUGACCCACCCAUACACUUGGCGUUCCGCACUAUCAGUUGCUCGCCCCGGCCCAUCAGUAGCAGCAGUGCGACGCCACUCGGGGUCAGAUGAGUGACACAUCUAGGUAUGAUGUUUGGCCCGCAUCACACGUCAUACGCAUCUUACUCACACAAAGAAGAAUGUAGGACAACGGGCUGUCGUGUGCUUGGGUUUCCAAAGAGAACAAGUUUAUAAUGUUGAUGAUUCAUAAGUAUCCCCCCUAACUGCCUGGUGUCUCCUCUACCGCCUCCUCUACCCACCUGUAGGCCAGUCUGAUGAUGAUGAUGAGUCUCUCCCUAUGGUCCUGACCGCCGCAGUAAAAAUGAACUGCUGUUUAUGUCAUGCUCUACCUCGGAAAACCACUCUGGCUUUGUGGUUGGAUUUAUAUGUGUCCUCCUAUGAAAAUGACAAACUUUUCUUAAUCUUCUUUUAAAACCUGCAAUAAACAUCCAUGCUUGGAA